AUGGGAAGGAGUGCAUGUUGCUACAGGGAAGGACUAAACAGGGGAGCCUGGACUGCCUUGGAAGACAAAAUACUAAUGGCUUAUAUUAAAGCCCAUGGAGAAGGCAACUGGAGAAACCUCCCCGAGAGAGCAGGUUUGAAGAGAUGUGGUAAGAGCUGUAGGCUCAGAUGGUUAAAUUAUCUUAGACCAGACAUCAGGAGAGGCAACAUUUCCCAUGAUGAAGAAGAACUCAUUAUCAGGCUCCAUAACCUUCUUGGUAACAGAUGGUCCCUAAUAGCUGGAAGGCUACCUGGGCGAACAGACAAUGAAAUCAAGAAUUACUGGAACACUACUCUGGGGAAAAAAGCUAAAGGCGAAUCAUGUUCACAAUCCAAACAAAGCUCUCAAAGCAAAUCUAGAGCAAUUAAACCCAUGACCAGCACCCAACCAUCGAAGUCAACACAGACAACCCAAGUAAUCCGCACCAAGGCCACUUGGUGCACCAAGGUUUUGCUUUCAUUUCACUGA